AUGGUCAACAAAGAAGCGAACGUUCCGGUACAAUAUGGUCUACAAUUGAAUCGUUGGACUGCGAUACUACAAGGCAAGAAACAGGACAGCGAAAAAAACAUGCAAAACGAAUUGCAGACAGCUAGUAGCAUGGGUGCAUUCCUUCAAACUUGUAAGGUACUCUGGCAUCUCGAUGUCUUCCGGCGAUCAUUCCGUCAAUUACAAAAUCAUAACUGCAGCGGUAAGGAUUGCAUUUUCUGCGCUCUAAAGGAAUUCUUUAUACAGUUGCAAACUAGUUCGGAGCCUGCGCUUUGUCCGAUCGCAUUGCGGCAAGCGCUGACCAGUGAACCACUGGCCAACCGUCGCUUUCCGUGCAGGAACCUUGGUGAUGCAGCCGAGUGUUUCGAGCUGUUACUACACCGUGUACACCAGCAAUUGUCUAUGACAGAUGGAGACACUUGCGAAGCGCCCCAGUGCAUUGUCCACCGACGGUUUGCGAUGCGUGUUGUCGAGCAAAGCAUAUGCGAGUGCGGGUCCAGUUCUGAAAAACUACCCUUCACACAGAUGGUGCACUAUGUAUCAGCGUUAGCGCUAACUUCCCAGAACUUAUUUUCCAAGCAGCAUCAGCAAAGCAUCACAUUCGGCCAUUUGCUGCAACACGCGGGCAACAUGGGUGAUAUACGGGACUGCUCGAGCGGUUGUGGGGCCAAAAUCGCCAUCCGGCGUACUCUUCUGAACCGGCCUGACGUUGUGUCAAUUGGUGUUGUAUGGGACUCGGAUCAACCUCAAACGAAUCAGUUGCACGCGGUUUUAAAGGCGAUCGGUACUUCACUGCCACUAUGCGACAUGUUCCAGCUGGUGUCGGAUGACCGAUGGGUCCAGAUGGCACACCAUGAGUUGGUGUGUGUUGUGUCAUACUUUAGUAGGGGCUAUGUCACCUUUUUCUUCCACACAAAGUUACGCGUGUGGGUAUCCUUUGAUGAUACGAAUGUGGAGGAAGUUGGUCCGGACUGGGAGAAGGUGGUUGAUAAGUGUUCCCGUGGACGCUACCAACCGAUUCUACUGUUAUACGCACUGCCACAGCCUCAGUUUCUGCCUGCAAAUGCUGCUCCCAAACAGCAGGAUUUACAAGGACAAAAGCAACACUUUUCAGCAGUACCGCAAUAUCGUCGAGCCCUGACACCAAGCCCGAAGAAGAUGUCGAUGACGUCAAGCGUACGACGAGCGAUCACCCCCAACCCGGACGGGUCUCUGCCAAUUGGCGACUACCAAAACCUAACUGUCACACAGGGAAAAAAAAAUUCUUCCAUCGAAAACUGCAAACCAGUAACGGAUAAAGAUGAUGCCGGUUAUACCUGCCACAAGACGGCACACAGCCCGCUGAAUACCCAGUACCAAAACCUGGCUAUUAUUCAAGAUAAAAUCUUUUCAACGCCAGGCUUGCCAAAAUCUGACAUUGCUUAUCAGCAACAACGGCAGCAGCAGGUACAGGAAUUGCAACAGAUGAAUGGGCCACUGAGCAGUGUCGGGAGACAACAACCAGGAUCGAGUUUACAUCACCACUUGCGUGCCGAGUCGGGCGCAGCAAUACCAGAGCUUGUUCCGGUUAGCACGCUGAAUGAUUUUUCCAUCAAUGUCACAUCGUCGUAUAGAGAUUGUUUGUUUAUGCCCGAUCACCUUAAUCAAUCACGACGGCGUGACUCGGGCAAUUGGAGCGGGGAUCGCAACUCGGCUUCGUCCUCCUCCUCAACUACAUUGGACAACCCGUAUUUGUACUUAUUGGGCAAGCGUCAAAUUGGCAAUGUCCCAAGCAACCCUAAACGCAGUCAAAUAGGAGUAGUCAGCGGAUCGAACUGUGGUAGCAAUGGUGCAGUACCAGGAAAAGUUGGGUGUUGUCAAUUCUACGAUGCCGGUUAUGAUUCAUUCUCUCUUUCGUCGACUGACUCCUUUCCUUCAAAAUAUCAGCCCGGCUGUAGCGGCUUCGGCGCCCCCUCUUCCGUUUGCUCGCCGACCCUCGGGCAAAUCGGGGCCAACGCAUCUGGAGCCAAGAUGACUGAAUCAGUUGUUCUAUCUGGCGACUGUGAGAAGCUAUGCUUAGAGGCGGACCAGCUUUUGAACAAGUCGAGAUUGCUUGAAGACGCCCACGAUCUCCAGACUGCAUUGGUGCUGUGUAAUGCGGCCGCCACUAAAGCGCGUGCCGCCAUGGACGCACCGUACAGCAAUCCACACACAAUGACGUUCGCACGUAUGAAGCACAAUGCGUGCAUAAUGCGUGCGCGUUCGUUGCAACGGCGUAACUUGGUCGAGAAAGGCAGUGAAAUGAUUAAAGAACAGCAUCUAGGGCAAAUGCACUACCAGCAUCACCGAUUUCACCAGCCACUACAGGAGUUCCACGCACUUGGUGGUGCUGGAAGAUCUGGACUUGUACACCGAGCACAGAAAAAGCAGGGCAAGCUUUUACUGGACCGAGGACCGAUGUCUGCCGCAGGUUCGAUGUCUACCAACGGUGUGCUUUGUGAUGUACCCUCGACAAACAUCGAAAUAUACGCUACACUGCCAAAGAAGAGAGCCCCACUGAAUCUGAUAAAAGCCGAUGGCCCUGAACUGGAGAGAGCGAAUGAAAUGAAGCAGCAGCGAGAGAGUCGCAGCAGUCUGUCUACGCGUUCUACCGAUAAACAGGAAAGAGUUAGGGAUUGCAAAGAAAAACGCAGCCGGAGUGAAGAUCGAAAUCAAGUUAUAUCGUCAGCGGUAUCUGCUCCAAGGACAGUCACUGUAGCGUACGUCGAUCCGAGUACAGUGAGCGAGAAAAAUAGCCUGCGCAUAGAAGAAAAAGAUGCGAAUAAGGGGAAAGAGAAAGAGAAGAAAUUGGGUAAGAAGCAGCACAAGAUUCGGAGAAAGCUGCUAAUGGGUGGCUUGAUACGGCGUAAGAACCGUUCAAUGCCCGAUCUUACUGACACAGCAAGCACCGAUGGUGGUUUGUCGAGUGCGACGUCUUCAUGUUCCGCCGAUGUCUCCAACAGUUCAGGAAUUGUUGGUACCAGCAAUAGCGAAGAAGCAUCGCAUGAAAACCUAUUCAGUGUACACCCACAUUCGCUCGACUUCUCUUUACCUAUAGGCUACCUAUCGGAAGGGCACGUUGACUAUUGUUCUAUUGGGAACACUAACCCCAACCUUGGUCGCGGUAAACUGAUACGCAAAAGUUUCCAUGGCAGCGUCCGCUCGUUGUCUUUACCGAAGGUACCUCCGCCGCCCCCUGUGCGGCUCGGAUCGGCAUUGUCGUCCGAGCCAAAUCAACCAGCAGCCAAUAGAAUAACAAUGACUGGCACUGUCAACAGUGCUUUGACCCACAAUGUAUCAUCAUCCGUUUAUCAGCAGCAACAUCAGCUACCUGAAAUAGAAACUCCACCCCAUCAGCUGCAAAAGCUGCAGCUAAACAGUGUCAACCUACGUCAUCUAGAGUGCGCAUCUGAGCCGGCAUCUGCUAUCAACAUUGGGCAUCCUGAAACUACUACCAGUAGCAUUAGGCCGUUCCACGAAACCAACGUUUCCAAUAUUUCAACUAUGAGCUCCAACACCAGUAAGAGUGAAGAAUCGUGCAAAACGAUUAUAACCACAUGUGCGGUAGUGCACCAGGAGCCAUCACACAUUAUGCCGUUAGACCAAGAAUUCACCGUUUCAUCUAUGAUGGCUGACGAUAGUAGAAAUGUUACAAACAAGUUGGUUGACUCUAUCACUCUAUACCAUAACGCUCACCCCCGUCAUUAUCAACAACAAAAGCAGGUUCAGUCAGCUUCGUUUGAGCUGCCUCCAUACCCGAGCCCCUUGUCUAGUUCGUGCCAUUCGCGUCAAACAAGCGAAGACUUUCCACCGCCUCCACUUGCCAUUGACUUCGAGUUCAUAACUGAGCAACCUAGUGAAGUUCAGCCCUUACGGGGUGCAGCGACAAAUGUAACUAUGUUAUGCCCCACUAACAAUCCCAGCACAAGUUUCGACAGUACCAGCCAGUUCUCUAGUGAAUAUCUUCAUGCCUACACGCAGCAUAAUAGAUCACAGGAACAAUCCCAAAAUUAUAUCGAAAGUACAAGCAGCGUCCUAGCACAGCAUCAAACGUUGCAACUGCAACAAAAAUCACAGCACCAGCAUCAGUCGCAUCAGUUGGAGCAGCAUUAUCAGCAUCAUAUGCAUCAUCAGCAGCAAUAUCAGCUUCAGCAACAACAGCAGCAACGGAAUCUGCGACAACUACAGCAGCAGCAACAGCAACAAAGUCAUUCCGAUACCUGUGAAAUCCUUGAUGAAACGAAACGAUCGGAGAACUUGUUGAAGGAAUUGCAAUUGGAACAGCUGGUGCUUAAGCAACAGCAGCAGUUCCGCAACAGGACUGAUCAACAAUCUACUCAACAACCGCAAUUUGAUGUAAGUUUUCCUUCAACACAUUCAGUGAACAACAACGUGGCAGAUGUGCGCAGCGUGCGUGAUCUAGCAUCGCGCUUCGAAAAGGUUAAGCUAUCUUUUGGAACUCAAAAACAGCAACCGUUGAACGUUAGUAGCGCAAUAAGCGGUUCGUUAUUCGAUCAUCAACAUAAAUUAUCACAACAAAGUCAACUGAACGAUUCGUCGGGUCUUACAUCGGUUCCGUCGCCCUCUACUGGAGUAGAUCUGCUCCCUUCACCAUUACUUCCAACGGAUUGGGGGCUAACAGACGGUUCAGUCACGGGUGCCAAUAGUGGAUCAAUUGUCGAUGAGCUCAAUUGCCCAACAGCUGAUGCAAACUAUCGAUUACAGCUGUCCAAGUCGUGCUACGAAAUUGCACAAAGCCGAAUACAAGAGGAGAUCCGUGAGUUAGAGCUCCUAAACCAAGUCGUUCAGCAGACAGUAAAUGAUGUUAGUGGUAGUGGUGAUAAUGAUACUAUUAUUAAUUGCGUUACAUCCAAAGCGACGCUGGGUAGAAAAAAGAAAAAGAGUGUGUCAUUCUGUGAUCAAGUUAUUCUCGUCGCCACUGCUGAUGAAAACGAGAAUGAUGGUUUUAUUCCAAAUCAGAUUCUUGAGCAAGUAUUACAAACAGCUAGCGGAAAUGGACAAAGUAGUAAAACGUCCUUUACUGCGAGCAAUGACAGUCAGUCCACGGAGUCUACGUUGAGCGCAAUUCACCCAUUGACCACUGUUAGCAAAGAGGAUCACACUGUUUCUUCACCACUGCACGAGCAAUUGCCUAGUAUCUCAACAAGUAUAACCUGUCACUCUAUCAAGCCCGCAGCGAUGUUCAAGAGCCCGAGAUGUUCGCUACCGACAUUAUAUCCCCAAUCAUCUUCAGUACCGCUGACAGUUUCUUCUGUAACGAGUUCUGAUCCGCCCUAUUCUGUAACCUCAGAUGUCAAGAAGCAAAUCCUCGAAGUGCAUCCACAAUUUCAACAGUCCUGCGGUGAAACCAUCAGCAAUACCGAUAACGCUUACAUGCACCCACAUAAGGCACAGCAAUAUACUUUUGUUCCGCCAAAUGCAUCUAUUUUUAAAAUGAACUUGGUCAAGCCGUCUGCUCUUCGAAAGCAUCAGUUAACUGAACAGCAGCUAAAUGGAAAUGAUUCUAGCAAAGAGUUCCUUUUAAAAGAACACAACAACGACACGAGCACGUGUGGCACGACUUCUUCUUAUAUUAGCGUGCCAUAUCCUCAAGACCCGUUUAACGCCAACGGCAUCAACCCCUCGUAUCACACGUCCCUACCGUAUCAGCAACAGGGGCAUUUAGAAUUGCAACAUCAUGCGAAAGCUGUUAAAGUGGAUUUUCGGCAUCAGGCAUCAUUCGGCAUUUCGGCUGCCUCAACAUCACCGGCCUCUGUAACCACAACCAUGAGUACAAGUACAUCAUUGAUAAACAAUCCAUCUGUUUUACUAGCUAGUACACGUCAGAAUGAGGACAGGAGAAUGGUACAUCAUCAACAACUUUCGUCAGACUGUGCUCUCAAAUCACCAAGCACACAAUCACCGCAUAUUUAUGUUUCGGGUGCGCAACAAAACAACGUUGAAAGAAGAAGUACAAAUGAAGAAACUGUUCGUCAAAAAAGUCCGCUAAGCAUCACUCAUCAAAACCAACACCGGCCGCAUACUACGUACAAAGCCAUAGACUACGCGAAACAGCAGCAGCAUCAGUUCAACAAUGCGUUGCGAUGCGAUGUCAUUUCAUCAUCUCCUUACCAUGGAUUAUCAUCAGCCCUAGGCGAAAUAGGUCUACUGACUAACCGUGAGCAGCAAAGUCAUACCGAAGGUCUAGGCUUUAGCCAACAGAAACAAAAGCACAACGUUUCACUGAGACAAGUUAGCUUUGAGACUGAUACGAAAGGGGAUGGCUCAGAUGAGAUUUCCUCUCCGGCGUUAGUAACCGUGGUUCCCCAACCACAUCAGCAACCCCAACAUCAAAUGGCGCAGAUUAAGCAACAGCUGAACAUCUUUGGAUUACCAACGCCGAAGGUCUUAUUCCUAUGA